UCUCUCUCUCUCUCUCUCUCUUUUCGUCGGUGUAUCAAUAUGGGAGAGACAAAGAUGUGCGCUCUCUUAGCUGUAGUUAUGACCUGCAUGAGCUUAGCGCCUGCGUGGAGAGCCCCAAAGCGCCGGGAAUAGCUACACCGGGAGUCGAUUGAUAAUUGACAGUUGAAAUUGAUCAGAUACUCCUCGUAUGAAGUCGAAUGGCUGAAUGAACAGUACGGAUGGACGAUACAAUUCGCGUCUGCACAUAUCAUCGCCGCGACUUCGACCUGGCGGUUACCAGGCUGAAUCCGCGAGUACACGAUGCAGUUCCAGACUCCCUGGCUCUCAACCUCCGGGCUCGCCAGGUCGCCUCCGCCGUGCCUGGAUACCAACCCCUUAUAACGCAUGCUCUCAAAGCCAUAUGCAUUAUCCUACGCACAAAUAUCGCGGCGUGGUACACUUUGAAAGACAUCUUCAAUGUGCUCUGCACCCGAGACUGUCUCCAAUGUGAUGCCUUUAGCGGGUUUGUUUUCCUCCCAUUGCUCGAGAGGUGCUGCAUCCGCUGUCUUACCUUCUCUCCCCGAUUCCGAGUCCUGCUAGCUGCAGAAAUCAAGAAGCUACUCGGCAUAUCACAGGCACAUCUACGCCAAUCUGUGCCGUUGCUGCAUACGAUUCCUGGAAUAUAUUCCAUGGACGAAUCUUCCCGCAAAAGAAGAAUGUAUAUCGUGGCCGUGAAGCAAGUAUUCAAUGCAUUUACGUUUCCCAGGACAUCAGCGUCAGUAGCGGCCACAGUUCCUGCAAACAGAGCCCACGCUAUUCUACGGUAUAUGGCCGGCACCACUCUACCGUAUGUCAAUAUCGAAAGUGGUGAGGUCCAGCGCGGCCUCUGCUGCCCAGGUUGUCAGAUCAUAAUUGAGGGCGGCACAACCCCAAACCCUACAGAAGUGCUUGCGAGGCGGGACCGUGUAUAUUCGAAGACUGGUUUCCUCGACCAUUUCGUACACUGUCCCGAGGCUCAAAAGCUGUGGAAGCGCAGCAAAGAAGGCAAGGUAGCCGUAAAGCUGCCAGUAUCUAUUAUCCGGGGGGUUUUUUUUAGCGAAAGAGAUGUUGUCAUGUCAUUUAGCAAGCGAAAAUAUUCCGAUCUGUAG